UUCCCGUGUUGGAGGAGCACAAACGACGCGGUAGCUAGGAUUGACAACACUUUUGUAAAAACCUUUUUAUUUUCUUAUAACUGAUCAGACUCUUACUUCGAGAUGUCUGGACGAGACGCGCUGCUGUCUGGACGAGACAUGAAGCAGCCGCCGAUUCAAUCAACGGCUGGAGCUAUUCCCAUCCGAAAUGAAAAAGGUGAGAUUUCCAUGGAAAAGGUGAAGGUGAAGCGCUAUGUGUCUGGUAAGCGUCCCGACUACGCCCCCAUGGAGUCCUCUGACGAGGAGGAAGAGGAUUUCCAGUUUGUCAAGAAGGGCAAAGAUGCGGAGCCGGAGAUGGAGAUGGAGGAGGAGGACGUGUCCGAUCCCCGUCUGCGGCGUCUGCUGAACCGCGUGUCAGAGGAUGUGGAAGAAAGACUGGCACGCCACAGGCAGAUCGCUGAGCCAGAGCUGGUGGCGGAGAGCAGUGAGGACUCUGAUGAAGGCACCUGGCACCCGGAACGAGAGGAGUCUAGCGAAGAUGAGGAGGAAGAGGAGGAGGUGGACGACGAGGAAAUUGAGCGUCGGCGUGCCAUGAUGCGCCAGCGCGCGACGGAGAGGAAGAAUGAAGAGAUGGAGAUCAUGGAGGUGGAGGAGGAGGGCAAGUCAGGAGAGGAGUCUGAAUCGGAGUCAGAAUAUGAAGAGUACACGGACAGCGAGGACGAGGCCGAGCCCCGGCUCAAACCUGUCUUCAUCCGCAAGAAGGACCGCGUGACGGUGGCGGAGCGCGAGGCGGAGGAGGUGAAACAGAAGGAGCUGGAGGUGGAGGCCAAGAAGCAGCAGGAGGAGCGGCGGCGCUACACGCUCAAGAUCGUGGAGGAGGAGGCCAAGAAGGAGUUUGAGGAGAACCGGCGCACGCUGGCGGCGCUGGAUGCUCUGGACACGGACGGAGAGAACGAGGAGGAGGAGUACGAGGCCUGGAAGGUCCGCGAGCUCAAGCGCAUCAAGCGUGACCGCGAGGCCCGCGAACAGGUGGAGAAAGACAAGGCUGAGAUCGAGAGGUUCCACAGCAUGACCGAGGAGGAGAGGAGAGCCGAGCUACGCAACCAAGGCAAGCACGUCACCAACAAGGCCGUCAAGGGAAAAUACAAGUUCCUCCAGAAAUACUACCACAGAGGAGCCUUCUUCAUGGAUGGAGAGGAAGACGUUUUCAAGAGGGACUUCAGUGCCCCAACUUUGGAGGACCAUUUCAACAAGACCAUUCUUCCCAAAGUCAUGCAGGUCAAGAACUUUGGGCGCUCAGGCCGAACCAAAUACACUCACCUGGUGGAUCAGGACACAACAGCGUUCGAUUCGGCGUGGGCCCAGGAGAGCGCGCAGAACACAAAGUUCUUCAAACAGAAGGCCGGGGGAGUAAGAGACGUGUUCGACCGGCCAACCGUGCAGAAGAGGAAAACUUAAAUUUCAAAACGUACAUCGCAAAGAGACUGAUUUUUAAAUCAUUUCCAGUGUGUGUUGUCGCACACCAGAUUUUUUUGUCCCCAAGGAGAAGCUGUGUUUGGGUUUUUUUGUAUUCACCUGGGCUGACCUUUUGGUGAAAUAUUUGUUACGCUUUGAUGAACUGAAGUGCGGUUGGACCGCCACUAUGGGGUGAUGGUGUCCCAGCUUCAGAGGAAAACAAAAGAACAGGGGACUUGUACAGCAAGGAGAAAUUUAAAUAGCUGUGUGCUGGGGUGAGUUUCUUAAAGGGGAAGUUGUAGAACAGGGGAAGUUGAAGAACAGGGGACUUGUACAGCAAGGAGAAAUUUAAAUAGCUGUGUGCUGGGGUGAGUUUCUCAAAGGGGAAGUUGUUAGCCUGUUAGCAACUUCGGUAGUUGCCAAUGGGAAAAUGCAUUGAAAGCAACGAAGUAGCUAAUGUAGUAGGCAACUUUGGUUUCGAGAAAUUCACCCCUGUAUUGUUCUACUACUUCUGUUGUAAUGUUAAGAGUAGGUGUUUAUCAUGCUGUUUAACUGCUUUAUAAAACCUAAUUGCACCUAAAUGGUAAUAAACCAAUCUUUUUUCUUUCAA